GUUUGGACACUUUUGCUUCCAGCGUGGGAGAACACACGGACUUCUGACAACCCCCAUACUGUAUGCAGAAAGAUAAUGAAAGCGGGAACAGCAUCACUGCAUGGUAACCACCCAUCUCAUUAGCCUUUCACAAAGGAAGAAAAGCUAGGGAUGUGGUGGAUCCUUGGUUACUGCACCGGUGGAGUGGCCCUUCUCUAUGCGCUGUACAGAUGGGUGAUCCCCAGUCUUGUGCAAUAUCACGGAGGCCUGGCGCUCAUUUGGCACGAUGUGAUCGUGGAACGGAUACUGGACACGCUGACCCGGUCCACACGUCCUCAGCGGCUUCUUGCUGCAGUACAGAAGAACGCUACCAGAGGGAACCCUCUCAGCGUGGUCAAAGCCAUUGAUGAGUUUUGCAGUCACAGUGAGUGGGCCAUGAACGUGGGGGAUGAGAAAGGCUGCAUUGUGGACUCGGUGGUGUCUGAUAUAAACCCGGUUAACGUGCUGGAGCUGGGCACGUACUGCGGGUACUCCACGGUGAGGAUCGCCAGCAUGUUGCAGCCUCACGCCAAGAUCUUCACGCUUGAAUUUAACCCGGAAUAUGCCGCUAUCGCUCGGCAAAUAUUUGCCUGGGCAGGUGUGGAGGACAAGCUGCAAUUAAUCGAAGGAGAUUCUGGCGAGUGGAUCCCUAAACUUAAGGAGAAGUUUGGAGUGGAAACCUUUGACUUGGUUUUCUUGGAUCACUGGAAGGAUCGUUACCUUCUCGACACCAAACUGAUAGAGGAGUGUGGUCUCCUGAGGAGAGGGAGCGUCCUGCUAGCAGACAAUGUAAUCUGUCCUGGUGCUCCAGACUACCUGCAGUACGUAAGAAGUAGUCCUAAGUAUGAAAGCCGGUACUUCCGAUCUCACUUGGAGUAUACCAAAGCAGAAGACGGCCUGGAAAAGUCGGUCUUCUUAGGGUAGUUUUUGGGUCAUUUUAAUGUGCAUUACACAAGUACUACUGGUACUUUAACUAGUGUAGACCAAGGGUGUCCAAACUUUUUGGCUUGGGGCCACAUUGGGCUAAAACAUUUUGGUCGUUUGCUGAAAGCAGACGGCAUGUAAAGUACCGAUAUAUACACAUAUAGCCACACACACAUACAUAUACACCAGGGGUGUCAAAUGUACGGCCCGAGGGCCGGAUCAGGCCCUUGAACAGGUUUUAUCCGGCCCGCGGGAUGAGUUUGCUAAGUAUAAAAACUAACUUGAAAUGUUUGAAUGAAAGAAACAACUGUUCUAAAUGUGUCCACUGGAUGUCGCAUAAGCAAUUUUUUGUAUCUUUGUAGAUGAUGCUACAUAUGUACAAAAUAAACCACAUGAUGUUCGUACAUCAGUCGAGGAAAAUGAUCAAACUACAUAAAUAACAACCUGUAAUUUGAUUUUGAUAUAAUUUUUUUAUCUUAAUAGACACCAAUGAGUUGACUGAUGAACAUUAUCACAUAAUUUAUUCAGAAAAUAUAAAUAACGACAAAUAAAUGAUUAACCGCAACAGGUAAGUGUAAAAAAAACAACUAACAACAUUAUGAUUUGUACAUUUGUGCUUGUUCUAUUUUUAAACAAAGAAAACAAUCCGAAGUUGUCUUUAUUUUUAAGUUAUCAUGCAGUGAUUUUACCAGUCCGGCCCACUUGGGAGUAGAUUUUUCUCCAUGUGGCCCUCAAUCUAAAGUUAGUUUGA